GAAACAACUUUAUUCUUCUUCUUCUUCUACUUUCACCCUUUGAUCUUCUUCAGUUACCUCCCUGAAAUUAGGGUUUUUGUAAUGUGAUUUGUGAGAAGACAAAAAAAAAAUGGUCAAUUCCGAAGAAACUGCAGAUGGGUUUGAGCCAAAACCUGUUUCUCAAUCUUAUUCUGGUGAUUCAUCUGCUGAUCGAUCUCUUUCUGAUCUCAACAACGCAGCUGAGGACUUGAGUGAUAAGCUUAAGAAUGUGGGUUUGGAUGAGGUUACGAAAGAGCAGAGUGAGACGAUUAUGAGUGUCUCUGAGAGUAAUGGAGGUUUAGAUUCGAAUGCAGAAGUCACCAAUCAGGAGGUAGAAGAAGAAGAAGAUGGUUAUGGUUGGAGCGAGGAAGAAGAAGAAACUGUGUAUCCAGUGAGGCCAGGAGCAGAGGAUUGUUCGUUUUAUAUGAGAACAGGGAGCUGCAAAUUCGGAUCUAGUUGCAAAUUCAAUCAUCCUCUUGCCAGAAAAAUCCAAAUUGCUAGGGAUAAUAAACUGAGAGAAAAGGAAGAGGAUGGUGGUAAACUGGGACUGAUAGAUUGCAAGUAUUACUUUAGGACUGGAGGGUGCAAAUAUGGAGAAACUUGUAGAUUCAACCAUACCUUACCAAAGUCUUGUCUGGCCUCAGCACCCGAGCUUAACUUCCUUGGCCUUCCUAUCAGACCGGGAGAGGUAGAAUGCCCUUAUUACAUGCGCAAUGGCUCCUGCAAAUUUGGAGCUGAGUGCAAAUUUAAUCAUCCUGAUCCUACAACCAUCGGAGGAACCGACUCCCCAUCAUUUCAUGGUAAUAAUGGUGUAUCCAUUGGAACAUUUUCUCCAAAGUCUACAUUCCAAGCAAGUUCAACUUCCUGGACUUCACCAAGGCAUGCGAAUGGUACAUCUCCUUUUAUUCCAGUCAUGCUGUCACAAACUCAUGGAGUUCCAUCUCAAACUCCGGAAUGGAAUGGCUAUCAGGUAGCUUCUGUGUAUUCAUCUGAAAGGGGUGUGUUUUCUGCUUCCACCACAUACCUUAUGAACAAUUUAUCAGCUGAAACAAGUAUUUUGUCACAAUACCGACAUCAAAUGCCUGCUGAAGAAUUUCCAGAACGCCCAGACCAACCUGAGUGCAGUUAUUAUAUGAAAACUGGGGACUGUAAGUUCAAAUUCAAUUGCAAAUACCACCAUCCUAAGAAUCGAUUGCCGAAGCUGCCUCCUUAUGCUCUCAAUGACAAGGGUUUACCCCUUAGACCUGAUCAAAACAUCUGCACAUAUUACAGUCGGUACGGCAUCUGCAAAUUCGGUCCAGCUUGUAGAUUCGACCAUUCUGUCCAGCCGCCAUAUUCGACAGAAAGCUCCCAGGCCAUUGCAGAACCUCCUCAGGUCAGUGCAAAUGGGAAUGAAAGUGACGGUUGGAAUUGACAACCAAACAUUCAGGAGCUGACAUAAUUGAUACCUUUUGUCUCUAGCUAUCAUGGGUUUGUAAUUUCUCUACAAAACUUUUAGUUAAAUUAUACUCUCCAAACAAUAUCUAUGUGGCAAGCCUAUCCUCAAUGCUUUUGACAAGUUUGCACCACAGAACUUUGUAAUCUGUAACUAUCCUUUGACUCUUGAGGUUAAAUGGAGCCUGCCCUGUUUCUUU